CACACAUUGAAAAAGAAAUAGGUAAUUGGUCUCCUAAUAUGGACUCUAACAAUUCUUACCUCAGAAUUGAGUUAGUCUGAAGAUGGAGAAAAACAAUUAAUACCUUGCCGAUGAUAUGAAGCAUCACUUACUUUGAAGAAAACUAAAAAGGUAAAAAUACCACUUACUAAUACUUAGCAGGUUUCCCUAUAUAUUCUCAAGCUUUCUUGAACUAUUGCCUAUUCAAGUACAACCAUUCAUUAUCAAUGCUGGAGAUAUCUUGGGUUUUCAUAGCGUUGGGUGCAUGGCUAAUAGCAUUAGCUUUUCUCACAAAAAAGUUCAACCAUCCAAAAAGGAAACUACCACCAGGUCCAAGGCCAUGGCCAAUUAUUGGCAAUUUGAACCUGCUUGGUUCACUCCCACAUGAGUCUUUGCACCAUCUUUCACUAAAAUAUGGAGAUUUAAUGCUCCUAAAGUUCGGUUCCAAGCCUGUUCUGAUAGCAUCAUCUCCAGAAAUGGCUAAAGAGAUAUUAAAAACACAUGAUGCUAUCUUUGCUUCUCGUCCUGCAUUGGCAGCGGGUAAGUACACUAGCUUUAACUACUCAGACAUAACAUGGGCACCUUAUGGAGCAUACUGGCGGCACGCUAGAAAAAUCUACCUAACGGAGGUAUUUAAUCCCAGAAGCCUCGACUCAUUAGAGUAUAUUCGUAUUGAGGAAAGACGAAUUUUGACCUCUCGCCUUUUUCCUCUCUCAGGAAAACCAAUUUUUCUUAAAGACCAUUUACCUCUAUUUGCUCUUCGCAUGAUAAGUAGGUCGGUUAUGAGUGACAAGUACUUUAGUGAUCAUUAUGAUCAGUCAAACUCAGAUGCUUCAAUAGUAACAUUUGAAACAUUGCAACAGAUGUUGGACGAGUGGUUUUUUUUUGGUGGGGCAAUUAAUCUUGGGGAUUGGGUACCUUGGCUUAGUUGGUUCGACUUGCAAGGGUACGUAAAGCGAAUGAAGGAGUUAGGAAAGAAUUGGACAGAAUUUUACAAAUAUGUAAUUGAAGAUCACAAAUCAAAGAGGCAAACAAAAAAGGAUUUUAUUCCAAAGGAUAUGAUUGAUGUUCUGUUGCACCUUGCUGAUAACCCUAAUCUUCAAAUGAAGCUUACGGCUGAUAACCUGAUGGGAUUAAUGCAUAAUUUCAUAACGGGUGGAACAGAUACUUCAGCAGCAACAAUAGAAUGGGGAUUCCAAGAACUUUUGAGGAUACCAAACAUUAUCGAGAAGGCACACCAAGAACUUGACAGAGCCAUUGGAAAAGAACGAUGGGUUGAAGAAAAGGACUUCUCCCAGCUACCUUAUAUAGACGCCAUAAUCAAAGAGACAUUUAGAUUGCACCCUUUAUGUGCAUUGCUUCCUCCCCAUUACUCUACUGAGGAUUGUACUGUUGCUGGUUAUGACAUACCAAAAGGGACAGCUGCUUAUAUAAACGCAUGGUCUAUAGGAAGAAAUUCAAAGUAUUGGGAUAGGCCAGAAGAGUUCAUUCCAGAAAGGUUCAUAGAAAAUAACAUAGACAUGAAAGGACAAAACUUCUCACUAUUGCCAUUUGGUUCUGGAAGGAGGAGGUGUCCCGGGUAUAACUUUGGAAUUAAGGUUGUUCGAGCAACAAUGGCUGACUUGUUGCAUGGAUUCAAUUGGAAAUUAGCAGGAAAUUUGGAAGAUAUAAGCAUGGAGGAGAUUUAUGGAUUGACUACACAUCCAAAGAGGCCGAUAUCUAUGAUCAUGGAACCAAGACUUCCCCUCCAUCUUUAUUAGGAUAAGUACUUUGUUCUAUUCUUAUCAAUUUAAGUUUUAUGCCAGCAUUAAGUUAAAAUAAAAUUCCACUAUUUGAUGAGGCAA